UUUAAACGUAUUAGAAAUUGCAAAUAAUUCUAGGAAAACGAAUUAAAAUAGGAUCAACUGUUUGCACAGAUUUGUGAAAUUUUGCAAAAUCAAAUUUUGCGAAUUGCGUUACCAACAUAAAUUUUUCGAGCUUUGCAGGCUUGCUAAAUGCGAAAAUAAGACGUCGAUGUUGUACUUAUUAAAAAAACAUUAAAUUGCAAAGAAUUCAAAAGAUCAACUGUUUGCACAGAUUUACGAAAUUUACAAAAUCAAAUUUUGCUAAACGCCUCACGACCACAAAUUUUUUUAAACUUAGCAAGUUUAAGUUUGUUAAAUACGAAAUAAGCCGUCGCCGUGAGUUGUACAUUUAUUUCAAAAAUUAAAAUCAUUUGCAAAAUUUGCAAAAUUUAAUUUUGCAAUUCGCGUCACGAACAUAAAUUUUUCAAGCUUCACAAGUUUACUAAAAUAAGACGUCGUCGUUUUUGUACUUUUUCAAAAAUUAAAAUUGAAAAUAAUUGAUGGAAAUCAAAUCAAAAUAGAAUCCUGAAUUUGUGCAGAUUUGCGAAAUCUAAUUUUGCGAAUCGUGUCACGAACACAUAUUUUUCAAACUUCGUAGGUUUGUUAAACACGAAACACAAGUCGGUGACUACGCUCAGUGUACAUUUUGUUCUUCAAAAAUCAAAAAAAUAUGGUGGUCGUAAAAUCGUUCCCUCCGAAAAAAUCCGUGCUAAAUUUAAAAUUAAUCGUCGCAUUAGGGUCGAUCUUUUUAGUGGGUUUGGUUUCCGGGAAGGGUGAGGAUUACUACACGUCGUUGGUGGGUUUGGGUCAGCUGGCGGUGCAUGAACAGGUCAUCCUCGAAUCCGUUCUGGACAACAAGACCGCCCUCCUAAAGAGAUUAGGACUUAUCGAAAGAUAUUUGCAAGAAUACGAAUCCAGCCUGGUUUCCCCUCAGAUGGAAAAGAAUUACCCACAACUGCACAAAUCCAUCCGGAAGUCGAGGGCGCGUCACUGGGACAAAAAACGCGUCCCAACCUUCCAGGAACACGCGGAAUUGACAGAUUUGCAACGAUACACGGUCAGCAAUCCGAUCGCCGCGUUCAGAAUAAUUCGCAGAAUUGGCAAACAAUUGGUCGAACUUUUAAUGGAUUUUGAAACGGAAAUUGAAACAGAUUUCGUGACCUUGAUGGAUGACAUGUUUGACAAGAUAAGAAUUCCGAAUUCGGAAGAUGUCGAUGGGGCGGUGGACGGGAUUCUCCGAAUUCAGUCGACCUACGGAAUCUCCAUCGACCAGUUUGUCUCUGGCAACUUUGGCGUCCCCGGAGUCGGCCUGACCUCCGCGUUCGACCAGCAUUACGUUGGCGUCAAGGCGUUGGCGAUGGGUUUUUAUGCCGUCGGCCUCCAAUGGUUGGACACCGCGAGGAAAACCCUUCUCCAAAAUUAUGACCCCGCCGACGAGACCUCACUCACACUAAAUAUGGCCGAAGAAGUCCUCUUAACCACUGUGCCAAAGCACAACGAAGGGAUGACAUCGAAGGAAGAUGCGAUGAACAAAUACGCCUAUUUCUCACACCCUUUGAGCCCCAAUGUUUCCACGUUAAUCGUCCCGAGCCAUAAUUUGUAUUAUGUUCCGGACAACUUGGUCGUUGGGAGGGAAACCGAGAGUUUUAUGGAUGCCUGGAACUAUCAGGCAAUUUGCGGCGGGAAAAACCUUUUGCCUCUCGAAAUUCGUCGCCAGCUCUUCUGCUACUACAAAUCCGACACUCCUCUCACCUUCCUGUCCCCCGUGGGGGUCGAGGUGCACUCAAUUAAACCAAAAAUCCUCCAAUUUUACGACAUUGUUCGAAACACCACGAUCCACCAUAUUUUAACUCGAAAUGCCGCCACGCUUUCCCGCGGCCGAGUUUUAGGCUCGCGUGACGACAGAGAUGUGAAGAGUGACGUGAGAACUUCCCAAGUCACGUGGCUUUACGACGAACCCACAGAUGAGAAAGUUAAGAGAAUCCCUGCAAUAAUUGGAGAUCUGACGGGAUUGAACGCCCAGGCGGGAUCCAACGCGGAGGAAUUGCAACUUUCCAGCUAUGGCGCAAUCGGGGGACAUUACCAACAACAUUUUGACCUCCUGUUUAACGAGGCGCAUCUGCCAUUUAUCCCAGAAAAAGAAUUAAUUCGGGGCGACAGAAUUGCAACGGUCAUGUUUUACUUCUCCAACGUGACGAUGGGUGGCGGGACAGCGUUUCCUCGCGUCGGCGUGGCUACUCCGGCGGUCCGAGGAUCGGCCGCAUUUUGGUAUAACCUCAAGAGAAAUGGGCAGCCUGACCCGUUAUCGUUGCAUGGCGGAUGUCCCGUCGGUCAGGGGAUCAAAUGGGUGGCCAACAAAUGGAUUCGUUCCGGCGGACAAAUGUUUAAUCGUCCCUGUUCCCUGGAUCCGUCCGAGUAAUGAAAAUUUAACUGAUUACAUCAAAAAGUUAACAAUUAAAAUUAGUUGAAAAACAUGUUAGUUUUUUUGCUUCAACCGUAAUGAAAAUUGAACUGAUUAUAUCUAAAAGUUCAUAAUUAAAAUUAGUUUAAAAAAA